AUGCAAAAAGGUCUGGAAGACCAUCAAAAAUUGCAUGGGACCACUUUAAUAAAGGCAAUGUGGAAAUAUGACGCAAAUCAAAUCGUAAAUGUUGUAAUGAUGGGCUCAUUCCCGCAAAGAUUUCAUCUCACACAAUCUAAAACUCUAUUAUCUCGAAGUUUUUUAAUUUCUUCAGGUCCUUUAAUGAAAGAUAUUCUCCAAGAUUUAUAUAUAAAAGAAAUUAAAACUUAUAAACCUGUUGCACCAGAGAAAAAUGAAGAAGUUGGACAAGCACCAAAAAUUGAUGAUGACAUUUCAGGAGAUUUGUCUGCUUAUGAUGUUGAAGAAGCACAAUCUGAAGUAGUUUCAGCAGAUUCUUCUUCGUUAGAAAAACAACUUUUUGGAGAUUAUGAAGAAGAAAUUACUACACCAGUUUCUCAUUAA